GCUGACUGAAUUCCGUUACAAUGGGGAACGUCUUUGAAAAGCUGUUUAAGAGUCUAUUUGGAAAAAAAGAGAUGCGGAUUCUUAUGGUGGGGUUGGAUGCAGCUGGCAAAACUACCAUCCUGUAUAAACUGAAGCUGGGAGAGAUCGUGACAACCAUCCCUACCAUAGGUAUGUAUGUCAGCCACCUGCGGCUGGGCAGUUUACAGCUUGGGGGCUGA